UGAGUAUCUUUGCAUACGGCGUUACUUUUAUCUACGCUGGACAUUUGAUAUCAACCGGAGAAAUAUCCUUAAUUGAUGCUUUAAUGGUAAUCGAAGCUAUAAUUUAUGGAGCAUGGAUGAUGGGAAUUGUUCUCAAUACUGCUCCAAAUGUUAAUUCUGCUCUAACGUCUGCAGCAAAUAUCAUGGACUUUAUAGACACCUCAACAAAGUCGUCAGAAACUGCUCAGAGCAUGAAGCAUGACGGCCAAAUGGUUUUCUCUGGAGAUAUUGAAUACAAAAAUAUAAAAUUUAGUUAUCCAAAUCGACCAGAAACGGAAAUCCUUAAAGGUCUAGACUUCCAUGUUGAUGGAAUGAAAACCGUAGCUAUUGUGGGUCCUUCAGGAUGUGGAAAAUCAACAUGUUUUCAACUGCUUCUUCGCUUCUACGAUCCUAAUGAGGGAAAAGUAGCUGUGGAUGGUGCAGCAACGACGGAAUUUUCUCUUUCUAAGCUUCGUGCCUACCUAAGUCUUGUAAGUCAGGAGCCUGUUCUCUUUGACUGUACUAUUGCUGAAAAUAUAGCCUACGGUGACAAUUCACGAGAUGUACCUCUGACGGAAGUUAUUGAGGCAGCAAAAGAAGCGCAAAUACAUCAAGAAUUUGUCACAAAGCUACCUCUUGGCUAUGCAACACGUCUUGGAUCACGAGGAACUCUUCUAUCGGGUGGACAAAAACAACGGAUAGCCAUAGCAAGGGCUCUUAUCAGGAAGCCAAAAGUCCUCCUGCUGGAUGAAGCAACAUCAGCUUUGGAUGCCGAAAGUGAGAAGACAGUUCAAGAUGCUCUGAAUAGAGCAAGUGAGAACAGAACCUGCUUGAUCAUUUCUCACAGACUAUCCUCCAUUAGAAACGCUAAUCUUAUUUGUGUGAUGGAUCAAGGAAAGAUCACCGAGAUGGGAACUCACGAUGAGCUCAUAAAUGCAAAUGGAAUCUAUUCUAAACUCUAUCGCUCUUUUCAAUAAUUUUUUGAAAAGUUAUAAGAAUAUCUUUAAUUAAAAAAAAUGAUUCUAAGCUUCUUUCACGCUAAAAUUUUACUAAAUCUUACUAAAACUUUCCACUGAAAUAACUUUUUUUUUAAGUUUUAUUUGGGUCAAGAAUACAACCACGUGAAUUUUAUAGUAUGUUUUAUUAAAAACAAUCAAAAUAAAUGUCUCUAUCAAAAAGCUUUGCGUGGAAUAAUUAAAAUUUAUUGAAGAAAUGUAAAUAAAUUCAGUUUAAAGAAAAAAAGCUGUAUGAAAAAGCUGUGACUGUCAGACAAAUUAAAUUUUUAUUUAAUGAUAAUUAAUUUGUAAAAAGACCCUAAGUUUGUUAUUGAAAGUUUAGAUUAAUUUCAAAUAAAGCCUUAAAA